UGCUGCACCACAACAACAACAACAACAACCCCCACCACCGACAAUGAGCAGUGGAGGGGGAGUUGGAGGGGCAGCAUUGGGAGGAGGAGAAACGGGCAGCACAUCGCCCAUCCCGGGGCGGCGCGUUCUGCGACCCCGCACGGAGGUGAAAUCGUACGCGGAAGUGCCCGACAUCGUGCUGCUGCCGGCAAAGGUGAACGGCCGGUCACAGAACGGCGGCGGUGGCGGUACCGGCAGCGUUACGACCGGGCUCUCCGAAUCCGAGGACGAGGAGAUGCCGCCGGUCUACCCGAUCAAGGAGCUGACGGCGGCCGAAAUCUGCGAGCGCGAGCGCGGCCUGCGGAAGCUGCGCGAGGAGCUGCGCAGCGAGGAGACGAAGCUGGUGCUGCUGAAGAAGCUGAAACAGUCGCAGCAGGUCAUGAUGAAGGAGAACCUGAUCGUGACGCCGAGUAACGCGAACCUGUCGAACCCGCUGGCCGCAAUCCCGGCCGCCCUGACCAAGGGUUCGCUGAGCGUCACGCCAACGAACGCCGUGCCACUGCCAGCCCACUCGAAGUCAUCCUCCUCCUCCUCCAGCAAACCCAUCUCCAACCCGGUCAACAAUCGAGGCUCACCGUUAAACAUUACGCCGGUGCCGAAGGUAUCGCUCACCCAAAGACCGUCCCUGCCGGGCGGCGCCACGCUAACGCCGAGCAGCCCCGGCCAGCGGUUGCCGAUCGGGCUGAGCCGGGGCGCGUCCAAUCUCAUCAUCACGCCGUCGGUGACGAUCACGCCGACCAACGCGCCCACCGCCGCCAUGAAGCAGCGCAAUAGCCAGAAUCUUGGGCAGCUUAGCAGCUCGGUAUCGAUCACACCAACGCCACCGAUUCCGGCCCAGAUCAGCUGCACGACCGUGGAACCGGUCUCGCUGAAGCGCGAUCGCGAUCAAUCGACCCGCGAAGACCCGCAAAGCCAAGCCCAACGGCAAGCGUCCGCCAAGCUGGCACUCCGGAAGCAGCUAGAGAAAACAUUGCUUCAGAUUCCACCACCCAAGCCGCCACCGCCGGAGAUGCACUUUGUGCCGAACCCGAGCAACAUCGAGUUCGUCUAUCUGCUCGGGCUCGAGCACGUGGUGGACUAUCUGACGAAGGACAAAAAAUCGAACCCACCGCAGCACCCGUACCGGUGCGCGCAGUGCAAGAUCGACUUUACGCCCGUCUGGAAAUGGGAGAAACAGGUUGGCAAGGAUCCGAAGGUCAUCUGCGAGCAGUGCGUGACGAGCAACGUGAAGAAGGCGCUGAAGGCCGAACACACGAACCGUCUCAAGACGGCGUUCGUGAAGGCGCUGCAGCAGGAGCAGGAAAUCGAGGCCCGGCUGGCGGCCCAAAGCACCUCGCCGGUCGACAUCCAUCCAACGCCCUCGUCCACCCCGGGACUGCGCGAGCAGCGUGAGCUGCGCGAGCUGGAGCAGGCGCAGCAGCAGGCCCAGCAGGCCGCCGCCCUGCAGCAUCUCCAGCAGCAGCAGCAGCAGCAGCAACAGCAGCAGGCGGCAGCAGCCGCAGCAGCAGCGGCAGCGGCCGCCGCCCAACAGGAGCGGCAGGAGCGCCAGCAGCGCCAGAAGGAGCAGCAGGAGCAGCUGCGUCAACAGCAGGUACAGCUGCAGCAGCUACAGCAGCAGCAACUACAGCAGCAGCAGCAGCAACAGCUUCAGCAGCAACUACAGCAGCAACAGCUGCAACAGCUGCAGGAACAGCAGCAACAGCAGCAGCAGCAGCAAAGUCGCCAUCACCAUCUGCACCAGCUGCAUGCGGCCCAUCUGCAGUCGCAGGCGCCCUCAAAAUCGAAAACUCCCACGCCGACCCCGCGCCCAACGCCCACACCACCGAACCAGCAUCAAACACCGCCGCCCGCGUCCAGCUCCCGCUCCAGCCGGCACAGUGCGACGGCAAACGCGACGGCAGAGGCGGCCGCCGCCCAGCUGACGGCGCUGGCCGGGCUGGGCGGGCUGGGUCAGCUCGGCGCGCUCGGCAACUUCGGCAGCCUGGGCAAUCUGGCCAAUCUCAGCAAUCCGACGGCAACGGCCGCCGCCGUCCAGGCAAUACAGCAGCAGUUCUUUAGAGGACUGCAGCAAAACCUACAGGCCGGUAACCUAAACAUGAACAGUCUGCAGGCGCAAAUGAUGCAAUUUUCGCCCCUACUGUACUCCUAUCAGCUGGCAAUGGCUCAAGCAGCAGCGGCUUCAUUAUCGGCCGCCGGUAAGGGUUCCUCGAUAGCCGAAAUGCAGCGUGCGAUAGAGCUGCAGCGUCAGUAUCAGGAGAUGAUGUCCCAAUCCAACCCUGGGCCGAGCAACAGUAGACAAAAUAAUUGGAAAUCUUAAGCAAAGCAAGUCGCUGGAGAGACAAAGAGGGAAGGCGAGAGUGUGCGGAAUGGUCCAUUUGGGUAAAAAGUGAUGGCAACAUACAGCAGCAGGCAACAUUAGGACUUUAAGAGCAAAAGUAGGCGCCAUGAGCGUAAUGUGACUGCGGCACUUAUGCUAAUCGGUGCAAAUGACGUUCGAGACUUCCGUCCGAAUUCGUCGUCUUCGCCGCUUGUAUGCCAAUGGACAACUGCACGCAUACACACACAAACACACUAAACCCAAACAAAAAGGACGUAAAUUUCAUGCAGAGAAGGCUUCUUCGCCGACCGGCCGGCAGACUGACACUGGCUGGCUUUAAAUGCUAUGAAGGUCGAACGAUGGGAUGGGCGGCAAACAUAGUGAGUGCUGUUUUAGUGAUAAGCGAUACUUUCUGUUUAUAUGUUUUAUAUCAUAUUCUUUUUUUUCUAUUUGUACACUGACGAUAACUAAGAUCGUACGCAUUAGGACGGUAAUUUUUAGUUAAUUUUGUGGCUAGUUUUUGCUUGAACAAAGGCAGAAUUUUGUUCGCUCACGUUUCGAAGAACGCAAGUUCACACUAAGGUACUACUACUACUACUAAACGACGCACACCUCCAAAUUACGCACCAGCGACAGAAAACCCCCGUAAGAAAUCGAACUAAAAAGCAACGCGAUUAUCAACUCGUCCCGAUCAUGUCGAUUCGCGUGUAAUAACGUUAGCUCUAGAGGAAGGUGUGUCAGAAAAGCACCUUUUUACAGUCACUUUUUGGCAGUUUAGGGAAAGGCACCCGUGGAUUGGCCUUUACCCAUCCCAUCCCGUCGUUGGUGAUGUCGUGCGUAUGUAUGUGUGUGUGUGUUUUGUUUUGCGUGUGUAAUGCACGUGUUUUGCGUUUUGAUAGCGACGAUAAGCUUGUGUUUUCGUUUGGCCACAUUUAAAGUUUUAUUCAGCUGCACACUUGAAUAGCAAUGUUUGAUUUUUCCACUAAAAACACACACACAUACAUGGAAUUAUACACUAUUGGGAAGAUAAUUAGGCACCAUGGUUUGCAGUGGCUUUCUUACUACUAGUACUACUACCUAAUACUAUUGGGGUAAAUUGUGUUUAUGCGCUUUAAGCAAAAACACACACACACACACACAAGUGAAAGGGACAGGUCGAUGAUGGCGGAAAUAUUGAAUUUGAUUAUAAGUUUAAAGUUCAAAUCAAA